CAGAGAACCCAAAAGUGGCUUUGGAGGAUGGGUUCUUUGGUGAGGUGGGGAGAAGUGGAGGGAGGAGGAUAAUCUAUAAGAGGAAUCAGAGGGGGUGGGGGACAUCCAUAAGCAAAAUGUCAGGGGAGGAGGAGUUUUAUCUGUUCAAGAACAUCUCCUCGGUGGGACCUUGGGAUGGUCCUCAGUACCACAUUGCUCCUGUCUGGGCCUUCCACCUCCAGGCAGCCUUCAUGGGCUUUGUCUUCUUUGCAGGGACACCACUCAAUGCCACAGUCCUGGUGGCCACACUGCGCUACAAAAAGUUGAGGCAGCCACUCAACUAUAUUUUGGUCAAUGUGUCCUUGGGGGGCUUCCUCUUCUGCAUCUUCUCUGUCUUCACUGUCUUUAUUGCCAGUUGUCAGGGAUACUUCAUCUUCGGCCGCCACGUCUGCGCUUUGGAAGCCUUCCUGGGCUCCACAGCCGGCCUGGUAACCGGCUGGUCGCUGGCCUUCCUGGCCUUUGAGCGCUACAUCGUUGUCUGCAAGCCCUUCGGCAGCUUCCGCUUCAGCUCCAAGCAUGCGCUGAUGGUGGUCCUGGCCACCUGGACCAUUGGUAUCGGAGUCUCCAUCCCACCCUUCUUUGGCUGGAGCCGGUUCAUCCCCGAGGGCCUGCAAUGUUCCUGUGGCCCCGACUGGUACACCGUGGGCACCAAAUAUCGCAGCGAGUACUAUACCUGGUUCCUCUUCAUCUUCUGCUUCAUUGUGCCUCUCUCCCUCAUCUGCUUCUCCUACUCUCAGCUGCUGGGGGCCCUCAGGGCUGUUGCAGCCCAACAGCAGGAGUCAGCCUCGACCCAGAAGGCUGAGCAGGAGGUGAGCCGCAUGGUGGUGGUGAUGGUGGGAUCCUUUUGUCUCUGUUACGUGCCCUAUGCUGCCCUGGCCAUGUAUAUGGUCAACAACCGUAACCACGGGCUAGACCUGCGGCUUGUCACCAUCCCUGCCUUCUUCUCCAAGAGUGCUUGUGUCUACAACCCCAUCAUCUACUGCUUCAUGAAUAAGCAGUUCCGGGCUUGCAUGAUGGAGAUGGUGUGUAGGAAGUCCAUGACAGAUGAGUCUGACUUGUCCAGCUCCCAGAAAACGGAAGUUUCUGCUCUCUCUUCUAGCCAAGUUGGCCCCAACUAAGGCACCACAUUGGCCUAUUUGCAGCAACUAUGAUUUUACAUUUAAGGAAAUUUCUACUUUCUCUGCUAAAAACCAAAUCACUAAUAACUCAGAAAACAGAUGAGAAGGGGAGUGAUGACAAUUUGGGGAACCAAAUUUCUGUUUUCCUAUUAUCCCUUCCUACCUACAAAGCUCCUGUUCCAUCCUGUUCCACUUGGGUCCACCUCAGAACACAUCCAAGGCCGUUUCAGCCAUCACCCCUUUCUACUCCUAAGUGGCAAGAUUCCCAGCACUUGCAGAAGUGAUGGCUACAUACAAGGCAACUAACUAUAAAGGGGUAUGGUUGAGUUUUCAGUGUAUGGAUAACAAUUAUCUUCCUUUUUAGUAACAUUUUUUUCCUACUGGGGAUCUGUUCUAAGAGAAUACUUUCCGAGAAAACACCUUAGAAACGAGAGAGAC